AUGUUCAGGAAUGAUACUUUACAUCUACACAUUGUUUUCUCAUUACAAUUUAAUUAUUUUUUAGAUGACAAACCGGAUGAAGAGGAGGGGUAUAAAGUAUUUCAUCAACAGUCACAUCUGGAAACCUUUUCUGCAUACAAGUUUGAUAUCCCAGGUCUGUUCAUACAGAUGGAGGCCAUAUAUCACAAAUCUGAUGACUCGCUGAAUCUGAAGGACGGGGUCAAACAGAUCUGUGUCCACUGGAACGAACAGAAUCCUGUAGGAAGGGUCAUCUUCAUUCUGUAUGGUAACAAGGAACCUAUAGAAGAAGGUCUACAUAUGCUGACAAGGUUAGCAAAACAGCUGGAUUUUCCCAUUUAUCUGUUCCAUGUUGUUGAUCCAACCGAAGCAGGGACCUUCUGUGAACCGCCUAAUCCAGGAAUUCUGGCUUUCUUACAAAAGAGACACCAUUUAUUUCUACACAGCACUAAAACAGUUUAUAUAUAUAGCCACCAGGAUCACAUGACCUUGGCUAGGACUGCUGGUGUGAAUUGUGUCAAGAUAACACAACUUCUACAGAAUCCAGCUCUGGUUAUUGGUAGUCACGUGAUUACUCGGUCCACCAUCCCAGAAUACCUCAGGACAAUGGAGAUUUUACCUAAGGACAAGGAAACACUGGAGAGACCUAACCUUCCCUGUGUUACAGAGGAGGAGAAUUUCCAGGACAGCCACAUCAAGUGUGAACUCCCAUAUGGGAGGCAGGAGUUUAUCUUAGCCAAAGAUUUCAACACUAUCAUGGGUUAUCAAGAGCUGUACCAGAGCUGUGUAUUGAGACUUAAACAACCAGAGAGUGUCUACACACAAGACGAGGAGAAAGACCCAGAAUGUAACACUUCACUGAAUACCUCACUGAAUGAAUCAUCCAGAAAACUGCCCUCCUGGAUGUUGGGAAAAGAAACACCCCCAGGGAAAAGGACCCUACACACCAAAACUAUUCUACAGCGGAAUGAGAGUUCGAGUUCAAUGGAGGGGCAAGGGAGACAAACAAUAUAUAUAAUGACAGAAGAGGAGCUGUUAGAAAUUGCUAAAGAUGUUUUAAAGCAGGCAGGCAGAACAGAUGUGUUGAGGGAAGCUGAUGAGAAUUCUGUUAAUGAUGUUUUAUCCAAGAAGACUGAAAUGAAUCAGAAGGAAAAAUCAAAAAUGUCAUUAAAUAGUCAUAACUCUGGGGAGAAAUCAAGAAUGACACCAAACAGUCAUAACUCCAGAGGGAAAUCAACAGAAGUGGGUGUAAUUGAUACUGUGGAGGGGAUAAACAGUGAUAAGCUGGGAACAGACAGACAGACGGCCGACAGGAAGUGUGCUGUACUGAACGAUCUAAUGGCUGAGACGGGAGUCAGGAAAGCAAGUCCCCGCAAAACCAGGAAAAGAUUUCAGCCAAAAAAUGAAGAAUGUGAAUCCAGCAAACAAAAAGCUCGAGUUUUACCUGAUGCUAGUGAAGACAGAAUCACUGCACAAAAAGUUCUGGAUUUUCCAGAUGAGAAAUUACCUCAACCCAAAUCAAUGGAACUAAAGAUAGGUGAUUCAACUGGAUUUGAAUCCAUACAUUCCUUUAAAACUGACAAAGAGUUGACAGAAACAAAGUCUUAUAAGAAGAGUGGUUCUAGAGGUGUUUUUCCAGAAUCUCAGGAACCAGGUCCAUCUCUGGAGUUUACAAGAACUCACUUGAAAUCAAAUCAAGAUCAGGCUAAAGCCUCAAACACGGCACACAGAGAGACUGUAAAUCGAGCUAAAAACACUAACACAACAAGUACAGAGACAGUAAAACAAAAACACUCUAAUGCAGCACGAACAGAGACCGUAAAAUCACAAGUCAGAGGAAAACGGGGGACUGAAUCAAAUGACAGAGAUACUGACAGAGGUUCACCUAAACUUAAAAAAACGGAGCCCCCUAAUAAACCGGACUUAUCUAUUUUGGAUGAAAUCUUUUUCUGAAUAAAAAGUAAACUUGAAAUGAUUUUUGAGUUUGGUCCUUUUGAGAUAAUGAGGUUUGACUGUUUCAAAUACCUGUACUAGUAA